CUCGCCUCGCAAAGGGAAGGCGGGAGGGCGCGCGCCGGGGCAGCUCGCCUGCUCGCUCGCUCGCUCGCUCCCUCCCUCCGCCGGUGGGUUUAGUCAGUCAGCCAGCAGCAGCCGGCGGGCCCGCGAGCCGCAGAGGGCCCGAGCCUGGGACGCCGGCGCCUCCUCCUGCCAUUGUUCGUCGGGCUGCAGCAGUGGCGGGCGCAGGAGCCCGGCCCCGGAGCCACCGCAACAUCAUGACAGAGAAGAGUUUAGUGACUGAGGCUGAAAAUUCCCAGCACCAACAGAAGGAAGAGGGUGAGGAAGCCGUAAACUCAGGCCAACAAGAACCUCAGCAGGAGGAAUCUUGUCAGACAGUAGCCGAAGGAGAUAAUCAAUGUGAACAGAAGCUGAAAGCUUCUAAUGGAGACACUCCUACACAUGAAGACUUGACCAAGAACAAGGAGCGGACAUCAGAAAGCAGAGGCCUUUCACGACUGUUCUCCUCGUUUCUCAAAAGGCCCAAAUCUCAGGUGUCUGAGGAGGAAGGCAAAGAAGUAGAGUCAGAUAAAGAAAAAGGUGAAAGAGGUCAGAAAGAGAUAGAAUUCGGAACCAGUCUUGAUGAAGAGAUCAUUUUAAAGGCCCCGAUUGCAGCUCCUGAACCUGAACUCAAAACAGACCCAUCUUUGGAUCUUCAUUCAUUAAGCAGUGCAGAAACACAGCCUGCUCAGGAAGAACUCAGAGAAGAUCCAGAUUUUGAAACUAAGGAGGGAGAAGGACUUGAAGAGUGCUCCAAAAUAGAAGUAAAAGAAGAAAGCCCUGAAUCAAAAGCAGAAAGAGAAUUAAAAGCUUCCCAAAAACCAAUCAGAAAACACAGGAACAUGCACUGCAAGGUUUCUUUGUUGGAUGACACAGUUUAUGAAUGUGUUGUGGAGAAACAUGCUAAGGGACAAGAUUUGCUUAAACGAGUAUGCGAGCAUCUCAAUCUUUUGGAAGAAGACUAUUUUGGUCUAGCCAUUUGGGAUAGCGCAACCUCUAAGACAUGGCUGGAUUCCGCCAAAGAAAUAAAAAAGCAGGUUCGUGGUGUCCCUUGGAAUUUUACAUUUAAUGUAAAGUUUUAUCCACCUGACCCAGCACAGUUAACAGAAGACAUAACAAGAUAUUAUUUAUGUCUUCAGCUUCGGCAGGACAUAGUUGCAGGACGUCUGCCCUGUUCCUUUGCAACCUUAGCAUUAUUAGGUUCUUACACCAUCCAGUCUGAACUGGGAGACUACGACCCAGAACUCCAUGGCGUGGAUUAUGUUAGUGAUUUUAAACUUGCCCCGAAUCAGACCAAGGAACUUGAAGAGAAGGUCAUGGAACUGCAUAAGUCAUACAGGUCCAUGACUCCAGCUCAGGCUGACUUGGAGUUUCUUGAGAAUGCCAAAAAGUUGUCUAUGUAUGGAGUUGAUCUUCAUAAAGCAAAGGACUUGGAAGGAGUAGAUAUCAUCCUAGGUGUCUGCUCUAGUGGCCUUCUGGUUUACAAAGAUAAGCUGAGAAUUAACCGCUUCCCUUGGCCCAAAGUGCUGAAGAUUUCUUAUAAACGUAGCAGCUUUUUCAUCAAGAUUCGGCCUGGAGAGCAAGAGCAGUAUGAAAGUACCAUCGGAUUCAAACUCCCCAGUUACCGAGCGGCUAAGAAAUUAUGGAAAGUCUGUGUAGAACAUCACACAUUUUUCAGAUUGACAUCUACAGACACCAUUCCCAAAAGCAAAUUUCUUGCGCUAGGAUCCAAAUUUCGAUACAGUGGCCGAACUCAAGCUCAGACCAGGCAAGCUAGUGCUCUAAUUGACAGGCCUGCCCCACACUUUGAGCGUACAGCAAGUAAACGGGCAUCCCGGAGCCUCGAUGGAGCAGCAGCUGUCAAUUCGGCAGACCGAAGUCCUCGGCCCACUUCUGCACCCGCCAUUGCUCAGGGUCAGGUUGCAGAAGGUGGCGUCCUAGAUGCCUCUGCCAAAAAAACAGUGGUCCCUAAAGCACAGAAGGAAACAGUGAAGGCUGAAGUGAAAAAGGAAGACGAACCACCUGAGCAAGCUGAGCCAGAGCCCACAGAAGCAUGGAAGGUGGAAAAAACCCACAUCGAGGUGACAGUACCCACCUCAAAUGGUGACCAAACACAGAAGCUUGCAGAAAAAACUGAAGAUCUGAUAAGAAUGAGGAAGAAAAAGAGAGAAAGACUAGAUGGUGAAAACAUUUAUAUCAGACAUAGCAAUUUAAUGUUGGAGGAUUUAGACAAGAGUCAAGAGGAGAUCAAAAAACAUCAUGCCAGCAUCAGUGAGCUGAAAAAGAACUUCAUGGAGUCUGUACCAGAACCACGGCCUAGUGAAUGGGAUAAACGCUUAUCCACUCACUCCCCCUUCCGAACUCUUAACAUCAAUGGGCAAAUCCCCACAGGAGAAGGAAGUAUAAAUGGCAUUCGCACAGAGGAGGUGGCUGUCGUGACAAAGGGGCCAUCUACUAACCCUGACUCUGAAUGGGAGGGUCCCAAGCAUUCGGUAGUUCCUAGUAAAAGCCAGAUGACCACCCCGUCGGAGUCUCUGCAAAGCUUUGCCUUUGGCUCCCUCUCCAUAAGCAGCAAGGAGACAGAAGAGAAGGAGGAGGGGGCAGCUGGCUAUCUUGAUAUUAAGGAGAUGCCAAGAGGCCCAACUGGGGAAUGUAUAGGAGUGGAGGAACAGGCCAGUGCCUUAAAGUUCUCAGUAACACCAGCUUCCUGUCAGCUGCAACCUGGUAUAAAAAAGGCAGAGAGUAGUGAAGAACACGUUACACCAGGAGAGCCACUUGGAAAACAAAAUGGAUCAUUUCAUGACUUUCAUGUGGGUAACCAGUUCCCCACCCUCAUUCGAAGUUUCCAGCCUCCCCUGGUGAAGACACAAACUGUCACCAUCUCAGAUAAUGCCAAUGCUGUGAAAAGUGAAAUCCCAACCAAAGACGUCCCUAUUGUCCACACUGAGACCAAGACCAUCACUUAUGAGGCUGCCCAGACUGAUGACAACAGUGGAGACUUGGACCCAGGAGUCUUGCUGACAGCUCAGACUAUCACAUCUGAGACCACAAGCAGCACCACCACAACUCAAAUUACCAAGACUGUAAAAGGUGGGAUUUCAGAGACGCGCAUUGAAAAGAAAAUUGUGAUCACAGGAGAUGCUGAUAUUGACCAUGAUCAGGUCCUUGUACAAGCCAUCAAGGAGGCAAAGGAGCAGCACCCAGACAUGUCAGUGACCAAGGUGGUCGUCCACCAGGAGACCGAGAUUGCUGAUGAGUGAGCUCAGGAACUAACCUACCCCAACUCUGCCCUUCUCCCAUCCAAGAGAAACCAGCAAAAUGAUAAAGAAGCUAACCUGCCAUAGUCAGACUUCAGACUUUCAAGAUUAUUCUAAAUCACCAGAAAAUUAAUUUCAUUUUCUAUUGGGAGUUUAUACCAAGAGAUUCUUUUAGAUCUUAUUGAUCCUUUUGAAGAGCUUUUUCUAUAUUAGGAUAUCAGAAUUGUUCAACUUUUCACUCUAUAGACUGUUUUAAGAGUUUUGGGGGUUUUUUAAUUGGGUGGUUUGUAAGCCCUUCAGCCUAGCCUCUGCCCAUUUAUUUCCAAGCCCAACAGACACUGACAAGGUCCACGGAAUUCUUCAGGAAAUCCUCCAAGGACGCUUGUCAGCUGUGUUGGAGGCCAAAGCCAGCUUAGUGGGACUUCCGCGUCUCUCCCUAGUCUUAUCCCCUUUGGAGGACGGCAGAAACUUCAUGAACCAGCCCUUUCUCAGAGCCAGUGAUGUGAGUGUAUCAGAAUGCCAGGGAGGGCACCAGCCCUGAUCCACAGACCUCGGAACAAUGCCCCUGUUCCUUUGUUGCAGGUGGUUUUGGUAAGGCAGAGCCCUCUGCU